AUGAAACCCUCCAAACCCAUCGUCCUAUACUGGCACCGAACAGAUCUCCGCCUCCACGACAGUCCUGCCCUCCAUGCCGCCCUAUCCCUCAACCCCUCAACGUUCAUCCCAGUAUGGACCUGGGAUCCCCAUUACGUCUACCGCUCCCGCGUAGGCCCAAACCGCUGGCGCUUCCUGCUCGACUGUCAAUCCGAUCUCUCCAAGUCCUACACGGCGCUCAAUCCAAAACAGAAACUAUGGGUUGUCCGCGAAGCCCCGCAAACCGUUCUGCCGAAACUGUGGAAACAGUGGGGAAUUACGCAUUUGGUUUUUGAAAAGGACUCGGAUGCGUAUGCGCGGGAACGGGAUGAGGUGGUUGUAAAACUGGCGGAGGAGGCGGGGAUUGAGGUUAUUGUGGAGAUGGGACGGACGCUUUUUGAUUCGGAUGUGUUGGUUGGGAAGAAUCAGGGCAAGCCGGUUAUGAGUAUGAGUCAGGUUGAAAAGGCGGCGGAUAAAAUUAAUGGUGGGAGGCCUGCGAAGCCGUUGGAUUCUCCCAAGGGGAUUCCCGAUCCGUGGGAGGAGGAGAGGAUGGAUUUGAGUGGCACUGAGUUUGGGGGUGUUGAGGUUGAGGUGGAUGUGAAUGCUGAUCAUCGAACGGCGGAGGAUAAGCAGUAUGGCCAGUUGAUGGGGCCAAAGGGUGAUUUCGGGGUUCCGACGCUGGAAGAGAUUGGGAUCAGUCCGUCUCAAGUCGAGGGCCCUCAUCGAGGCGGAGAGUCAGUCGCGUUGAGAGUCCUGGGUAAUUACAUCAAAGAUGAGGAAUACGUCGGCACAUUUGAGAAGCCCAACACUUCGCCGGCAGCCUUCGAGCCCCAGUCUACGACACUGCUCUCUCCGCAUCUGCACUUUGGCUCUUUAUCCGUGCGGAAGUUCUUUUGGGAUGUCCAGGAUGUCUUCGAUAAGCGAAAGAAAGAGAAGAAGCAGAACGCGCCCAUUCCAACAAACCUGCCGGGCCAACUACUCUUCCGCGACAUGUACUUCGCCGCGCAGGCUGCGGUCGGAUACAAGUUCCAGCAGACGUACGGGAAUAAGAUUGUCCGAUUCAUCGACUGGCAUCUGCAGUCUAAAACACCCGAAGAGCUCGAAAAGGAGGGACCAGAUGCUCGACCAUACCAUGUGGAUUCUCCUGAAGCAGAAGAAUGGUUCCAGCGCUGGAGAGAAGGCCGAACGGGAUUCCCAUGGAUCGACGCCUUGAUGCGGCAAUUGAAACGGGAGGGAUGGAUCCACCAUCUUGGACGACACAGUGUAGCUUGCUUCCUGACUCGUGGUGGGUGCUACGUGAGCUGGGAACGGGGGGCUGAAGUCUUUGAGGAAUUGCUGAUUGAUCAUGAAACGGCCUGCAACAUUGGAAACUGGAUGUGGCUCUCUUGUACAGCCUUCUAUAACCAGUACUAUCGCUGCUACUCGCCAACUUCGUUCGGCAAAAAGUGGGAUCCAGAGGGCAAGUUCGUGAGGAAGUAUUGCCCUGAGCUUGCCAAGUUUGACAAAAAGUAUAUCUACGAGCCAUGGAAAGCGCCUAUUGCCGAUCAGAGGAAGUGGGGAUGUAGGGUCACUGGGGAUGGAAGCGGUGAGUCCGUUACGAAGACGAAAGAACAAGGCGAGGAACAGACGUAUCCGAAGCCUAUGUUUGACUUUGACCAGAGACGCACCUUCUGCAUGGAUGCUAUGAAGAAUGCAUAUGGCAUUGGCCUGCAUGGGGAUGAUAGACAGGUGCUCGAUGGGUCUUGGAAGGAGGCAUUUGGGAUUGAUGACUCCAGACCCAGGAAGAAGCAAAAGACGGAGAAAUAA